AAGAGCAGAACGUAUAAAUACCCCUGAUAUGCCCAGACUGCAGUGCUGCACAGAGGAAUACAGAAAGACUUCCUCGGACAGUUAUUAAACUCGAUUAACUGGGAUUUUAGGGAAGGAUAUUAUUCUCUGGACUGCAGAGGACGCACCACUUCUUACAUAUGAAGUUGUAUUUUUUCCUUGCCAACCUUAGCUACUUGUGUCAGAAGAUGUGCAUCACGGCGUGUUUCGUAUCUUUGCUCCUCUGCUUUGUCAAUGCAGCACUUGCUUCGCAGUUUGAAUCGGAGGAUGUUGUACCUGUUCGGAUUAACGGCAGAAUCAGCGGGCGCUUCUGGAAAAGAAGUGAGGAGAACCCAAUAUUUACUCUCAGAGCGUUCGGUAGGGACCUGACUCUGAACCUCAUCCCAGACUCCAGCUUUCUGUCGCCUUCCUUCACCAUCCAGCGCGUCAGAGCCAGAGACGUGGGCGCUUUGCGCAGCGCCUCAGGUGCCCACGCCGGCCUGCGCUCCGACUUCCGGGCCUCCAUAAACCGGACAGAAGAGAGCGAAGGACACCUGCAGAGCUGCUUUUUCUCCGGUAACGUGGAUCAGGAUGAGAACUCGCUCGUAGCGAUCAGUCUGUGUACGGGCAUCUUUGGCUCCUUCAUCACGGAGGGAAAUGAGUAUCUGAUCGAGCCCAGACUCCGCGGCAGCCAGGGGCCGGACUCUGCCGAACAGCUGCAUGUGAUCAGGAGGAGGAUACUCGCUGAGUUCCGCGGAGUUCCCCUCCUGUUUGAUGGUUCUGUGGAGACGCGCGGAGCGGAAAGUUUUACGCGCGGCGGCAAUGACGCACGGGGGGAAGCUCGCCGGAGACGCUUCGUUUCAGAGCCACGCUUCAUAGAAACCCUAGCCGUAGCAGACUCAUCCAUGACCCACUUCUAUGGAGAUGAAAUAAAGCACUACGUCCUCACCCUAAUGUCCAUGGCAGCCCAGCUGUACAAGCACCCCAGCAUUAAGAACUCAGUGAACAUAGUGGUGGUCAAGAUGUUGGUGGUGGAGGAUGAAGAGGUUGGACCGAAGAUAUCCAGCAACGGAGGCGUGGCUUUGCGGAACUUCUGCUCCUGGCAGCAGCUCUUCAACCCGCCAAGUCAGAGGCAUCCAGAGCACUACGAUACGGCAAUGCUGUUUACUAGAGAGGACAUCUGUGGACAGAAGAGCUGUGACACGCUGGGUGUGGCAGAUGUCGGGACAAUGUGUGAUCCCAAGAGAAGCUGCUCAGUUAUUGAGGACAACGGCCUGCAAGCCUCCUUCACUGCUGCACACGAGCUUGGCCACGUGCUGAGUAUGCCCCAUGAUGACUCCAAGACGUGUGAGAAGCUGUUUGGAGAUCUGGGAGGACAUUACCUCAUGGCUCCUUUGUUUGUCAGCCUAAACAAAUCAGCACCUUGGUCUCCCUGCAGCGCUCUCUACAUCACUGAGUUCUUUGACAACGGCCACGGAGACUGCCUCCUGGAUGUUCCGGAGAGCCCCAUUCCCCUGCCAGGGGAAUUGCCCGGCACCCUAUACAGCCUGGAUCAACAGUGCCAGCAGAUUUUUGGAGAGGAGUUUGUCCACUGCCCCAACAUGUCAGACAGUGAUAUCUGCAGCCAGCUGUGGUGCCGAGAGGACAGUACAACACAGUGUUCCACCAAGACUGGCAGCCUAACCUGGGCCGAUGGUACUCCCUGCAGGUCCAAUGGGACCUGUCAACACGGAGUGUGCAAAACGACAGAAGAAGUAAUGCAGCCACAGAUGGUUGUGGAUGGCAGCUGGGGCUCAUGGGGACCAUGGCAGCAGUGCUCCAGGACAUGUGGAGGUGGGGUGGAGUUUUCCUACAGGGAGUGCAUUGACCCUGUGCCUCAGAAUGGAGGGAAGUACUGUGAGGGACAGAGGGUUCGGUACCAGUCCUGCAACAGAGAGCCGUGUGACACCAGUGAAGGUAAAAGUUUCAGAGAAGAGCAGUGCGAGAAAUACAAUAGCCCUAAUUACUUGGACCACAAUGGGAACAUGAAACAAUGGAUCCCAAAGUAUGCUGGAGUUUCCCCCCGAGACCGCUGUAAGCUGUUCUGCAGGGCCCGGGGCAGCAGUGAAUUUAAAGUGUUUGAAUCAAAGCAGGUGAUUGACGGGACAACCUGCGGCCCCGACACCACAUCAGUGUGCGUUCAAGGCCAGUGUGUGAAAGCAGGCUGUGACCAGGUCAUUGGAUCCAACAAGAGGGUGGAUAAGUGUGGAGAGUGCGGAGGAAAUGGGCUCAGUUGCAGAAAGAUAACAGGCUCCUACAACAAAGCAACCUAUGGCUACAGCGAUAUUGUCACAAUACCCGUUGGUGCUACCAACAUUGACAUCAAGCAGAGGAGCCAUCGAGGGAUCAAGCAUGAUGGGAACUAUCUGGCUGUGAAGAGAGAGAGUGGGGCUUACAUCCUCAAUGGUAACUUCUCUGUAUCGACAGUGGAGCAAGACAUACCCGUACUGGGAGCAGUGCUGAAGUACAGCGGCUCUUCCACUACAUUAGAAAGGAUCCAGAGUUUUAGCCAGCUGAAGGAAGCCAUAACAAUUCAGAUCCUGGCCACAGGAGUGGAUAACAACCCCCCUAAAAUCAAAUAUACCUUUUUCAUCCCAAAGGAUGUGACAUUUAACAAAUCUAAAGAGAAGAAGGGGUUAUACUUGUCUUUACAUGUGAUCAGUGAUGCCCCUGACUGGGUGUCUGGAGAGUGGUCCGAGUGUUCCAAGAGUUGUGGCUCUGGAUGGUCCAGAAGGAGUAUUGAAUGCAGAGACAGUGACGGUUUUGUCUCCAGCCAGUGUGACAAAGAGCUGAAGCCCACAGACAUCAGGCCUUGUGGAGAUCUACCAUGUCCCAUUUGGCAGAUGGGUCCUUGGUCUGCCUGCUCGCGAACUUGCGGCCAGGGCGAGCGUCGCCGCAGCGUGUUCUGCAUAGACUACACUGGCAAGACUGUAGAACCAGAUAUGUGUGAUCUAAAUAAAAUCCCAGAGCCAGUCUCUGGGGAAUGUAACAACAACGACUGCUUGUGAAAAACAUGAUUACAAUAAACUGUUCUUGUUAGAGGGAGUGCACAAACACAUCCAGGAUAGAACAGUGAUUAGGAGCACCAAGAGCAGACAUUUUGGCUAAAACAGCUACAGAUAUUGGAUGUUGCAAACUUGAUUGCAGAGAAAUCCAAGAAGACUUAGAGAAAAGUCUUCAACUUUCAACUAAAAAGAAAUGUUAAACAAUUAAACUCUAAAGCCAAGUCAGUUCUGGUUAACCUGCAUGGCAGGUGAUGCAUCUAUGACUGAAGGGGGUUAGAUGGACUUUUAUAUGUCUAUAUCCCAGGACGCACUAUCCUAUAAUCUGUCCAUGUUAACAGACGGUUAAAAUAAUUGACAUGAGAGGCUUUUAUCUAUGCAAAAAUAGUCUUUUGUUGACAUAUUAAAAUUAGAAACAAUGAAAAUCUACCUCAGGGUGUAAAAGUGAUGCUAUGUGUAAAUGCUAGUUCAAGACGUGGUGUGUGCUGUCUCUAAAAUGAGAUGUAAAAAGGAAGAAUUAACUUUAAGAAUAAUUUUGGCAUUAUUUGCCAUUUGUCUUCUAGAGUUAGAUGCCACUUUAAGUUGGCCCAGAACAUUAGCAUGAAACCUGCUGUCAAAAGCCAACAGAGAAUGUAUACCUCCAUUCAUCCUUCACAGAGCCUAAUAUUGUGGAGAGGUUUAAUCAAGCUAUUUGCCUACUUUCCAGGUAGGUAUGUACGGUUGAAGCAUGAGGCUUUUAGGCUUUGGAGAAAAGUGUUCAUCUCUGAUUGCUUCAUUUUCUGUUUACAUGUGAUGUGUUAAAAACAGCUCUGGGUCUCUUCACCCCUUCGCUAAUUUAUACACCUAUGCUUUAGUAUUUCAUUCCUUUUUAUUUAUAAUUCAUAUCCAUGCACUUAAACCACUGCAUCUGCAUUUUGUUUGGCAAUAGUCAUAAAAUACUGAAUUCUAAUGUUUAAUGUAAUUAUGUAUAAUCUUCUGAAAACUUUGUAACUGACCCUAUUUUAUUUUAUCUUCGUUCUUACCCCAAUUUAGCCCAAUUGUCUCUUAUGAAGUAUGACAGAUUAUGACCACUCGUCAACCAUUAAAGAAAUAAACUACUGCUGGAGACAUACUUUAAGGCAGUCAUAUAACCACACAUCAAUACAGUACACUAUGAGUAACAUUAUUUAAAUUUUCCGUUGUACUAAGCGCCCCCCAUGGUUGGUACACAUUUACACAAUUGGUACAAAAUGACCAAAACUACAAAGGUACAAAAUGGGAAAAGGGGUGGACGAGCAGCUGUUAAAGCUUGUUCUCUGUUUUGUUCUGAGAGUUUGAAGCGUUGAGCUAUAAGCUGUAUGCUAGCUACACAAAUAAUAUGUAUGAAAGAAGUGAAGUCAGUGAAACAAAAAAAUCACAGUUCAUUAUUAGGGCCUGGCUUCACAUUAAAUGCAGCUCCACUAGACAUUCACUAAAAAAGACAAGACAUUUUUUACCCACAAGUUAUUAAAUUGUGGAUCAUGUCUCUGAUGUUCUUGCAGUUCUUUCAUUCAUUCUGAACCUUCACCAAUUUAGUCCAAAGCCAUGUGGGUUCAACUUAUGAAAGUAAGAAUUUAACUGAACAUCAGGUGAAAUUUUAUUAUUUUUAUUUUACAUUUAUUAAACCAUCCUUUGUCUUGUAGUUUCAGCAGCAGUAUGAUAUUUAUUGCAACAAAUUGUUCUUUCUGUUUAAUAUGGUUAAAUGAUAGAUAUACUAUCUUUGUUGAUUAUAAAAAGUUCAGCUAAUUUUAUUCAAUUUUAAUCUUUGUGGUUAUUUGUUAAUAUAUCAUAUAGAAAAACUCAUCGAUUUCUGACUCCUGUACGUAUAAUUGGUGUAUUCAUUCCUUUUGUUAACUUACAGUAUAAUAUAAGAAAUGUAUUAUUAGGCUGAUAUUCCUUCAGUGAAGGACAACACUUAAGUAUUGUUACAGCUUUCUAAGCUAUUUAUUUUUGUAAAGUUUUUACUUUGAUUAUGUAAUUAACAUGGCAGAUGCUAUCUUUGAAUUUUGUUAAUUUUUGUUUGGUAAUAAAAUGGUCAAAUAAACACAUUUAUGUCAACAAAUA